AUGCACCGGUGUUUGCGUGAAAAGUACAAGGACGAGGAGGACACAUUGCUGAAUACUGUGCACUUUGUGGUAGAUGAUGAAGACAUCGGCGGGUACGAUACAGGGAGCAGUGUGCUAUCUGCAUUCCAAAGCACAGCUAUAAAGGAAAAUGUUGAGGAUGCCUUGGGAGCAGAAGACAAGUUCAGCCUUUUAAGGGAGGAGGAGGAAGAUGGAAGAUACUGCACCCUGCAAGCAACGGGGUCAACUUUCAGAGACUCAGAGGCCUUUGACGACCAGCUCGACCCUGCCUCAGUGUGCGGGCAGCUGUCAGAUUUCCUCAGUGACAUGAAGGCUCUGACCCCCCUUUCUGUGGUUGAUUUUGCAAGGGAGCCCACAGACCAGUCAUGGUCAUAUGAAGAGUGUGAAGAUUAUUACUCUGAUGGGAUUGAAAAUGAGGCAAAGAAGAAAAGAAGUACUGACAGAAGUGGGAUGUGCACCGAGAAAGCAUUUAGUGGAAUCCCUGGAGAUCUCUGCAAGCAAGAUGUGUGUGGCCCAGCUACUCACCAAUCAUCCAAAUGUGCCUCAACCAGCGCUGCUGCUCAGCAAUCCUACCGAGUGUCUUCAGUCCUGGAAUCCGGGAGUAGCCAUGAUGUGACCAAGGGGAAAAAAUUGUUUCUCGAGAAUCCAGAAAUUCUACAACCAGCCAGGAAGAAGUCGCGCACCUUCUAUAGUGCAGAUCAGCUAGAAGAGUUGGAGAAGAUGUUCCAAGAAGACCGCUACCCUGACAGUGAGAAGAGGAAGGAGAUUGCUGCUGUGAUUGGUGUAACGCCACAACGUAUCAUGGUCUGGUUUCAGAAUCGCAGGGCAAAGUGGCGAAAAUCGGAGAAGUUACGUGUGAAAGGCAACAAAAAAUAUCCAAGGUCAUCAACUCUGUCAGUCCCCUGUGGGUCAGACGGUUAUGGGGCGCCUCCACUGCCUGACAAUGCUCACGACCCGUCUGCCACGCUGAGUGUAGACAGUACAGCUGGGAACUACUCCAGCCUGCUCAGUGGACCUUCUUCACCACUCACCACCUCCUCCUCAGCCUCUUCAGUGGCAGGAAUGGUGGCAUCUUGUGAAGCAGUUCCGACAAAGGCGUUACCACCGCUCAGCUUCAGUUCCAGCAGGAUGGAGCCCUUCCCCAGCUUCCCCAGCCCUCCACCCAUCCGCAGGGCCAGCCUGCCCCUCGGUCUGUCCUUCAACAACCAGCCUUACAUCGUUCCCCUGGUUCUGGACACUCACAACAGUGAAUGCAGCUUGUCCAGACAGGAAAAUGGCUUCAGGGAGGCCUAUGCUUACAGCAUCCAGAAUCAAGGCUUGAGUUCACCAGUUUCCUGCAAUUACCUUGAGCAGCUGGAGGCACCAAGCAACCUAGAGACCGCCUACUGUCAUUGCAGCAGUCAGGCUGGAAUUUACCAGCUGCCCCACUAUCCCCAGCAGCACCAGCUCUCUCAGUUCCACCAUCUGCCAGGCCACCUGGCCAGCAACGUCCUCUCCAGUGUCCGCCUCACUCCCACGACACCCCCCGAGUCCCAGGCGGCUUUCCUCGCCGCCCCUGCUAACAGCAGAGUCAUGACCUAUGGGGCAGCAGGAGCCACACAAGACUACGCACAGAACCCCGUGGGGGAACAGCUCUUGUUACAUCAGCCGAGCGGACACUCGGCAGGCAUCCCUGCCUAUCAGGCUGUCCCCUGGAAUGAUUUCUAUGUGCAAGAAGCUCCAUUCUCGAAUCAGCUGUGCUCACAAAUGCCAUUUUCUAGCACAGUGGGAGGACAAUACUUCACAGAGCAGAUGUGCUACACUGAGCCACCUUGCCUGCCCUCUUCUCCAUGUUUUCUUCAAGUGCCCAAUGGAACAACACUGGGAUCCAUGCCACAUACUGGAAAACAAAAGGGAGUGACACCACCAGACCAGAGUUCAUACCAGAAUUUCCAAAUAGAGACAGAGUUGACAUCGUUUGCUGAAAGAGAGGAAGCAGAGGACACAGGCAAGAAAGAAGAGACUAUUAUUAGUAACUGA